UGUAGAAGUAAUUUUUAUUUUAGCGUAUUGGAUAAUGUGUAGUGGAAGUCUUUCAUCUUGCAUUGUCCAUCGUAGCUUCUCCAAGAGAUUUCUCAGUACUCUUGUUUUGAUGGUCUAUCUUCUCCACACUAUGCAUAACUAGGUGGUGGAUCCCAAGGUAAGCUUACAAUAGGCCCUUUUUAUAGGUUUGAGGACUACAAUCUAGUAAUAUUCAGUAGAAGAUGAUAAUAAACACUCAAAAUCCUAUAAUAUCGAUUCACCUCUUAUUAGUAUGUAUUACACUUAAAAAAUCUUGGUUUCUCUCUUUACUCAAGCACCCAUAUCGGAAUAUUCCCUCCGGUGGUUUCUUUCCCGUCGUUAUGAAGAGAGUUUGUUUUCCUCUUUAUACUUCUCUUCCGUGAAUCAACUUUCUUGCAAAACCCAUGAAACAUUUCUACCCAAUUUUCUAUGUUAAUAAUUAUUUUGGUAGAUCACGUCCUUCUUUCUUCAGCAACGGAUAGUUCGAAAGAUGGAGUGUGAGAAAUCAGUGAAGAAAGCUGUGAAAAUAGCAUCUCUAUUGCUUCUUCUGAAAUGUCUUGCAAGCCAAGUUAGGUCAUGUUUCAUGUUGUUUUUUGUUUCCUAUAUUCCAGCCUAUUUCUGAAGGCAGUUUAGUUUUCCAUUGCAUUACAAACAAAGAUACUAAAAAUAAAUUUCUUCAACAACAAAAAACAAUAAACAAAAAUUCGCUUUUUAACUUCGAUUAUUGUUUCGUUCUUUUUCAAAUAUAAAUCUCUCAUCAUCAUCAUCAUCAUCGAUACUCCUCACUCCAAACCCAAUAAUCAAACAUGAAGCAAUUCACCGUACUUCUCUUCCUUUGCAUCGUUCUUCUCUCCUCCGUCGCCGGAAAUGCUGAUUCCGGUCUGAUUUCCAACUUGUGCAAACACUCUGACGACCCAAAACUAUGUAUCGCCAGCAUACAACAGAGUCCCGAGUCCGGUGACUUCGCAGCCACCAACAACGAGGUCGAGAUCAUAGCUAUCUCCAUCGCGUCUGCUAACGCCUCCGCCACCUCCACCUACAUCAAGGAAAAGCUCACCCUCGAGGAUCUUGAGCCGGCCACGGAGGUCACCCUCGAGGACUGUCUGAAGAACUACCAAGACGCGGUGGAGCAGCUUGACGACUCGGUCUCCGCCAUGCUCGCCAACGCACACGCUGAUGUCGACGUCUGGCUGCGUGCGGCGAUCAGCGCCAUCGAGUCUUGUGACAGCACGUUGGUGUCACGUGCUGGGAACGACGCAGAGCUUUCACAGAGGAACAACAUAUUUCUCAAGCUGUGUAAAAACGCUUUGAUGAUCAACAAAAUGUUAACAUGAAAUCAAAUUAAAUCCUCUAUAUUUGAAUGUUCUUGUAUAGUAUUUACUUGUUCCUAUGUUUUUGGUCAAUUUCUUGUUGCUUUAAUUAAGCUGAGAUCAUUUGUAACUAAAGAAAACAUCAAAAUGAUAUUGUUUUAUUUAUCAUUAGAAUUUGACCUCUGCACCCGCACAUGUAUUUGUUUUACUAUAAAUAUAUAGACAUUUCAAAACAUAACAAUUUAAUAGUUGCAGUUGCACUACUUUAGUUUAUUGUUAGAAAAUAUCUACCAUAUCAUGUUAUAUAUUUUUUUCUUGAACGUGGGUUGGAUCAAUUAUAUAAUUAUAAAAAAUAUGAUUAUAUUUAUGUAUUAAUAUAUUGCGCCGGGUAAAAAUUAUAUUAACUUUUACUUCAUGUUUUAUUGUAUGAUUUUAAAUGUAUGGUCACAUUUAAAAUCAGUUAGAAAUAUAUUUUUGUAAAAAAUAUUUUAAACAUAUAUUUUAGACAUGAUAUACAUGAAGAAACAAUUAUAUAAGGAUAAUUAAAACAGAAUGUUACAAAAAAAAAUUAAAAUGGGCCAUAG